AUGGAAGUUACUAAAGUUCAAACAGUAGAGGAAUACGAAAAGCCAACCCAGACGAGAGUAACGGUUGAGAACUUCCAAGCGCCUUUCCCGGACCUUCCAGAAGAAACAUUCACUGAAGUUGUCGUUUUGCCUGAAGAAACCGUGGAGUCUGAAAUUCUGGGCAAAGAUGGGGUGCAAAAAGUUCUUAAAUCUAAAAAGCGUGUGAUAAAGAAGCCAAAAGAUAAUUUUAAGGAGGAAGUAACAGAAAUUGAUAUUUCUGAACAAGAAUCAGGCGAGCCUGUUUUUACAAUAACUGUCAAUGAACUUCCUUAUACUGAGCCUGUUAAGACUGACGUUAAUACUGUCGAAGAAGAAAAUACACAGCCAAUAACAAGUGUGCAUGUUGAAGUUGUUCCAGCUGAUGAAACUUCUACAGUGCCAAUUCCUAUUGAGGAACUUCCAGAAGAGAUUGUUUUUACUGAAGAAAUUACCGGCAAUAAGAAGCCUAGGAAAAAGACAACAAAAACACGAACAUUUAAAAAACAAGGUCCUGAGGAUGAAGAAUAUUAUCAAAUACAAACAGUUGAAGAAGAAGGCAAAGAGCCGUAUUCACUUAUACGCGUUGUUAGUGAUGAAAAUAUUGCUGAUAUUAUUGAUAUAAGUAAACUAGAUGAUGAACAACUUCCCAAACACAAAAAACAAAAGCCACACAAACCUAAGGCGGAGAAACAGCAACCCGAACACAUUGAAACGGAACACCCAACUUACAUAACAACAUUUAAGACUGUACAAAACGAAGAUGGAGAAACCACAAUUCAAACAGAAAGUAAGAGAAUUUCUCAAGAGGAAGGCAUCGUUGUUGAGGAAGUACUCAGUGACACAGAACCCAUAUUGGAAGACACCACACAACCAAUCAUUGAAAUUGUUGAAGUCAACGAGCCUACAGACCAAUACAACAAAGAGUACACUAUCACAGAACUCGAAGAUGCAAGUGCAGAUAACACCGAACAAACACCGACCAGACUUAAGAAACCAAAACAGAAAAAGACACAAUUAGAACAAUACGAACAGAUUGACGAGACAGGGGAAGAUGAGGGAGGUUUUGGGGAGCCUGUUGACGAAAUUAAGUCGAAGCGUAAGCCAAAGGCUGAAAAAUUAGAGGAAGUUGAGGUUGAAAAAACUGCUAAUGAAGAACAGGGUACGGAACCAACUAAGAAAAAAGAUAAGCCAAAGAAGAAAAAGGUCGUCAAAUCAAAACGCGAUGAGAUGGAUGAUUAUAUACAGUUCUUAAUCCAUCAAGAAAUACCAAAAACCGUCUUGCAACCGUAUGUACGUACAGAAAUGGAACAUCCACAAAGAGCUCGCAGAGAUUCGUCUAUUAAGCCUAUGAAAUUAACUGCAAUGAAAAUUGAGAAAAUAGAAGUUAAGAAACCUAAAAUGGUUGAAAUAAGUUCUGUGGUCGAGUUUCCUCAAAUGCUCAAGCUCAAAACUCCGAAACAACGUCCGCAAGAAGAAAAGAAAAAGAAAUUAAACGAAGCAUCCUUUAAGAAUAAGAAACUUAAGAGCUGGAUAAGAUUCAUACCUUAUUCACCAUACUGCUUCCCGUAUAUAGUUACUGAAAUAGAAACUAUUCAAGAUAAUGGUGAACUGUCACGGAAUAUAGAGGAAGCGGAUGAAGUAUUGAAGAAGCGGCCAAAGAAAUUCAAGCAUACUAAGCCUGUAAAAGCAGAACUGGAAGAAUUAGAUACUGAAACAUUUGAUGAUAAGAAGGAGCCAUUAGAUGAACCAGCAGAUAAAUCAAAAUACCAACGCGGUAAAAAGGACGCAAAGGAAAAGGAUGAAAAGCCGAAGAAAUUGAAAAUCGGAAAAGGUAAAAUUCCAGAAACCGUCGAAUCAACUGAAACCGUCGAAUUGAAACCAGUGAUAUUUGAUGAGGGUAUUGGAGAAACAACUGAAAAACCAAAGGAAAAGCCCAAACAAAAGAAGCCAAGCAAAAUGACUAAGCCGUUCAUAGAGUCUGAUGAUAACAUCAGAUUCAACCCAAGUGAUGAGGACACUGAAGAGAAGGAAAACCAACCUACUUUCAAAUUCGAAGUAAUUGAAUUAGAGCCUGAAGAAGUGGAAGAUGAGACAAGUGAAAAUGUUGUACAACCCGUAAAAGAACCUAAGAGAAAACGUAAGCUAAAGCUUAAAACUGAACUAGAAGAAAAUAUCAUUGAGAUUGUUGAAGUUCCUUCAAGUGAUAACAAUGAUAAGCAGUAUGAAGUGACUGUGACUAGUUCUGAACUUAAAGAAGAGCAGCCAAACAAAACGAAAAUACUUAAGAAGAAAAUAAAACGUAUGAACAAAGAAGAAUUGGAUGAGUUUGUAGCAGAUCUUAAAGAAGAGCCUGAUCAAACAUUCUAUGAAACUGCAAUAACUGAUUUCUAUGAAGUAAAGCUAACUGAGCUCGAAGCUGAAGAGACCUCUGAUGAGAUUCUACCUAAAAAGACCCCAAGACGUAAAAUUUUGCAUAAACAUGGAGACAAAGAAGAGCUUCUUGAAAUUGUAGAAACUCUUAAAUCAUCGGACGAGGAGCCAUUAUACGAGGUUACAAUUACAUCUCUUGAAUCAGAAAAGCAAACUGAUACUGAAAAUAUAGUUGAGAGACCCAAACAACGGACAAGGAAAAUGAAAAAGGAUGAUCUAGAUGCAUAUAUACAGCAGCUGAUAAAUGCAGAGAUUCCAACAACUGAGCUAGAAAAAUAUGAAAAAAUUGAUAUUGAUGCAAAACCAAAGAAGCCAAAGAAACAUAAAUCGAAACAACAAAAGGCCCCUAUCGAUGAAGGAGAGGCUUUUGAAGUGGGAAUUACACAGGAAGAGCCGGCUAAGAAGUUGAAGGUCAAGAAACCGAAGCCUGAGCCUAAAGUCGAAGAAGAAAUAAUAACUGAGCCAGAAACUGUUAUUGAACACGAUGAAUUCACAAUCAGCACGAUUGAUACACAGCCCGUUGCCCAACAAAUUGUUGAAGAGACAACUGACACUAUUACACUCGAUGUGGACGACAUUAUAACAGACAUUGGUGAGACUCUCCCGAUUAUUGUUUUGGAGGAACAAACUGAGACUACUCCUGAGUCUACUGAAGAAGCUAACAAGCCGGAAGCCAAAAUAGUUAAGCGACGCAAGGUGAAAACUAGGAAGGGCUCCAAGCAGUACGAAAUAGAAAUUGUGGAAACCCAAGAGCCUGAUGAUCAUGAAGAAGCAAAGGUUACAGUUAUAACUACUGAGAUCGUGGAAGAAUGUACUGAUGUACCUAAUGAAGACAAACCGGAAAAACCAAAGAAGAUUAUCAAAAAGGUGAAAAAAGAUAAGCUCAAGGAAUAUAUUGUCAAGGUUGUAGAUGAAGUAUCAACAGAAACUCUUGACCACAUUUCUGAAGAGGUAUCCACAGUGGAAGAAAUAAAGCCUAUAGAAGAUGAUGAUAUCAUAUCUUUCAAAACUACUGUUGUUGACGAUAUUAGCGAAGAUGAAUUUAAAUCUGAAAACGAACUGGUUGAUAGACCAACACCGAAGUCACUGGAAAAAAAGAAGAAAUCACCUAAGCCAAAGAAAGUUACAAUCAUUGAAGAACAGCCAGUGCAGAUCGAAGACAUCGCAGAGCAAGAGAAGACUCCUGUUGAUGAGGAUGAGCAAAUACCGCAGAUACAAUCCUUCGAUAAUCAUUCAGUUGAAAUAACAGAAAGUGCGCCGAAGCCGAAGAAAAAAAUACCCAAGAAGAAGUCUGAGAUAACAACGCCUGCUCCGAUCUCCGAACACACAGUUCGUAUUGAGGAAUUCGCUCCUGAAACUAUAACUGAAGAAGUAAUUAAUGAGCAAGGAGAGGAGGUAGAGCGCACUACAACUAAGCGAAGACUUAAGAAGAAGGAGGGUCCAAAGGAAUAUCUAAUCGAAGUUGUUGAAACUUACGAAGAAAACAAUCCCGAAGCAGAACUCGUUAUUCAGACUACUGAAAUAUUACCUGAAUCAGAAACUGAAACCCCUAAAGAUCACAAAGUUAAGGUUGUAAAGAAAAAGAAGCCCAAAACUGAAAAUUUAGAUAAUUACAUUCAGAAGCUAAUAGAGGAAGAAAUUCCAAAAACAGAGCUUGAAGUCUAUGAAACAGCACAAUUAGAGUCAUCUCCGGAGACUAAAGAACCGAAGAAGAUAAAGAAACACCAUAAGAAAAUUACCGAAAUAAUUGAUGGGGUGCCACAUACAAUUCAUGAAUUUACCAUUCAAGAGUUCGAACCAGAAGAAACGAAGCCAAUUCCAGAAUCCGUUAUUGAAUUGGUAGAGGAGGAUAUUUCAGAGUCACAGCCCGAAGAUUUGGAGGUUAAACCAACUGAAGAACAGUCAAAGCGUAAGCCGAAGAAGGAAAAGAAGUCGAAGGUGUCAGUGGUCGACCAAGAACCAGUUAGCAUUGAAGAUAUAGCGGAAACUGUUGAAAUUACAAAGCUUGUUGAAGAUGGAGGUGCUACUAAAGAAGUUCAAGUGAAGAAGCGUAAGAUCAUUCGCAAACAAGGUCCAAAGCAACACGUUUUUGAAAUAACCGAGACAUCUACUAAUGAAGAGCCCUUGGCUGAAGUCACCAUCGUUGAUAUUACUGAAGAUGAAAAGCCAAGCCAAUCAGUUAAGGGUCCAUCAAAGCCUAAGCCAAUCAAAUUGCCAACGAAAUUAAGGCGCGACGACGUUGAAAGUUAUGUAAUAAAUGUCGUGGAAGAGUUUGUUGAACCGAUAGAACAUUUUGAGGAUAUAGGCCAAGUCGAGGAAAUUCCUGAAGGAGACUAUAAGAAAGUUACUCAAGUUGAAGAAAUUCCAGAAGAUUUUGUUGAAGAGAUUACUGAAGAUAAAACUCCUAAAAUAAAAACAAAGACAACAAAGCCUAAAAAACCCAAAAAGCCGGAAGAUCACACUAUUCGCAUUGAAGAGCUUGCUCCUGAAACUACAAUUGAAGACAUUGUAAAUGAGGAAGGAGAAGAAGUUAAGCAGGUUAAAACUACAAAGAGACUCAAGAAGAAAGAAGGACCCAAAGAGUAUUUGAUUGAGAUAACCGAAACCUAUCAAGAAAACAAGCCAGACGCCGAUAUUGAAGUAACAACUACUGAGAUACCGGUAGAAGAGGAAGCUCAGAUAAAUGAAGAACAGCCAGCUAAGGUAGUUAAGAAGUUGAAACAGAAGAAGGCCGUAAAGGAUGACUUAGAUAAAUACAUUCAAGAACUUAUCGAACAGGAAAUCACCAAGACGGAUUUAGAGCAAUAUGAGCCCACGGAAAUGGAAACAAAACCCAAGCCACAGAAAAAAGUAAAAGCCCAUCAUAAAAAGAAGGUGGAAAUAAUUGAUGGUCUACCCGUUACUGUUCAUGAAUACGAUGUUUCGGAAAUAGAGCCCGGGGUUACAGAAGAAGAUAUGGAGUCUGUUAUAUUAGAAAAGCCUGAAGAGUUGCCUUUGGAGUAUGAUGAGGCAAACAAAUACUUAGUAAGUGUACUAGACGAAAUCGUAGAACCAAUGCAGACCGUUGAAGACAUAACAGACGAACCGACAACAAAAGUGAAGAAAGAAAAACCACAGAAAAAGAAAAAGGUUGAGAAAGCUCCAAUCGUCUUAGAUGAAAUAGCUGAAACGACUGAAGUUAUACAACAGCCUUCAGAAGAUGGUGUAGUGAAAGAAGUUACUGUGAAGAAGCGUAAGGUCACUCAUAGAAAGGGCUCCAAGCAAAGCGUAUUUGAGAUAACAGAAACCACUAGCGAUGAUCAACCAAUGGCAGAAGUGACAGUUGCUGAGUUAACGGAAAUUGAGCCAUCUGUCACUGAAGAAACGCCAAUUGUUGAACAGAAAGUAAUAAAGAAAACUAAAAAGCUAAAGAAGGAGGACAUACAAGAGUAUGUUAUCAACGUAAUUGACGAUUUUGUUCAACAAAUACCUGUCGAAACCAUUGAAGAAGACGUCAAGGAGAUCAUCGAAGAGAAAAAGAAGAAGACUAAAAAAUCUCCAAAGGAAUAUAAAUAUAGCGAAGAAGAAAAUUUACCUGAAACGGCUGAAAGACCUGAAGGCGAUAUGCUUGAUCAGUCUGAUGAUGUCAAACGUGAAUCACCAGAAGAAUUAACUGAUUAUACUGUAGACGUUACUGAGUCGGUUCUCCCUGAAGAAAAGAAACCUAAAAAGUCAAAGAAACAGGUUAAGUCAACGCCUGUUGAAGAAAUUGGCGAUGAUAAACAUCCAAACUAUCUUGUAAAAAUGUCUUCAGUCGACGAAGCACAGGUGACUGAACUGCCAGAUUCUGAAAUUGUUAUUUUGGAGUCAGAGGAUGUACAGAUAACAGAGGAACCCGUUUUCCAAGUAGAAGAAAUUGAAACAAAUCCAGAAAUAGUCGAAGAAACAGACGAGCUUGGCGAAACAAGUAAGAAGGUUGUUAACAAACGAAAGAUCAGAAAACAAGUUGGUCCCAAAGAAGAGAUAAUAGAAAUUGUCGAGACUGAAAAGGAUGGUAUACCUGUAUAUGAAGUCUCAGUAACUCUUGAAGAGGCCGAAAAAGAAAUUGAAGAAACUCUUCCAGAAGAAAAGCCGAAAAAGGUCAAGAAGACUAAAAAAGUUCCCAAGGAUGAUUUACACGAUUAUAUACAAAAGCUUAUAGAACAGGAUAUUCCAAAAUCUGAGUUGGAGAAAUACGAAAAAAUAGAUUUCGAUGAACCUGUUAAAAUGAAAAAGAAGAAGCCUGUGAAGAAGGUUACAAUCACAGAAGAAGAAGUUCCAGAUAUCUCUGAAAAAUUAAUUACUGCAGGUCCGGAAGAUAUAAUACAACCAUUAGAAAGUCCACUAGACGAAUCUCUGGCGAUAGUUACGGUUAAAGAAUUUGCUGCGCCAACACCAAAAGAAAAAUCUUUCGAAAUUACAGUUCUUGAAGAAUUUGUUGAAAAUAAGCCGAUUCCAGAUGAAGAAGGAGAGAUUAAAGUAAAGGAAGUAAAAACAAAGAAAAUAAAACACAAAAAGGGCCCAGAAGAGAUAGUUCAUGAUAUCACAGUUGUAGAGGAUAAGGAUACUGGUGAAUCUGAAAUUACUAUUGUAACUUCUACUCCCAACGAAACUGAAGAUCAGCACGAAGUAACCGUGAAGCAAAAACGUACAAAGAAAGUGAAAAAGAAUGAUGUUGAUGAUUUCAUCAGAACAGUUAUUGAAGAAGAUAUACCAAAAGAAGAGCCAACAGAUGUUGUUGAUGUUACUGAGGAAUUAAUUCCUGAGCAAGUUCCUGAAAAACCAAAGAAGGUUAAGAAGAAGGAAAAAAUACCAUUAAUUGAGGAAAAGCCAACGCCCGCAGAUACAAUAGACAUUGCUGAUAGUCUUCCGGAGGAAACGCCUAUUGAGGAGUUUACGAUGGAUGUAGAAGAAACAACUCCAAUCAUCGGGUCGGAUAAGGAACAUGAAAUAUCUGAAGAGGUAAUAGAGCCACGGAAGAAAAAGAAGCCUUCUAAGCAAAAGGUUAAAGUUUCUGAAGAGCAGCCUCAGGAAGACACUGUCGUUGAAGCUUUGGAGGUUAAAGAAAAGGAGACAGAUAUUGAAGUGCUAGAUGUAAAGGAGUAUAGUGUUACUCUCUCAGAAGAAGAACCUAAACCUGAGGAGAAAACAGAAAAGAAGCCAAAGAAGAUUAAAGAAAAACCAGAUCAACCAGACGAAUCAGCCUACGAAAUCUCUGUAAAAGAAAGCUACAUUCAACCGGAAGAUCUUCCAUCAGUUGUAGAAAUAAUUGAAAGUGAAACGAAAGCUGAAGAAACCACAGAUGCUGCAGGUGAGGUCCAUAAGGUCGUUACAACAAAGCGGAAAAUUAAACGUCCAAAGGGUGAAAAUGACGAAAUUGUUGAAAUUAUUGAGGUAGUUACUGAUGACCAGCCUGAUGCAGAGAUUACCAUUGUGGAGUAUGAGCCAGUACAACAAACAGACGAAGAAAAGCCCAAGGCGCCGAAAAAGAAAACUAAGAAAGUAAAAAAGGAUGAUAUACAUGACUAUAUACAGAAGCUCAUAGACAUGGAAACUCCUAAAACUGAACUAGAAAAGUACGAGAAAAUUGAGUUCGAGCCAUCACCCAAAGAAAAACUCACCGAAACUACAGAUAUUGACGUGGUAGAGGAAUCACCGGCCGAAAAGCCAAAGAAGGAUAAAAAGUCUAAGCCGAAAGAGUCAAUAAAGGAAGAAGAAUCUUUCCCAAAACCAUUAGCCGAAGUUAAAGUUAUCGAAGAGGAUGUGGUGGAUGAGCCUAAGGUGGUUGAAGUAGUAGAAAUUCAACCAGAGGAAGUACAAUACACUGAAACAAUCACUGAAGAGGGUCUUCCAGUCCAAGAGAAAACUACUAAGCGAGUAUUAAAGAAAAAGGGUCCUAAGGAAGACACCACCUUUAAAAUAACAACAGUCGAGAGCGAAAAUACUGAUACCGUAACUGUAAUCGUCGACGAAGAACCCGAAAUCACGCCAGAGUCUAUUGAAACGAAACCAGAUGAGAUAUUAGAAGAGAAGCCAAAGCCCAAACCUAAGCCAAAGAAGAUUGUAAAGAAAGUAAAGAAAGAUGACUUAGAUGAUUAUGUUAAGAAACUGAUAGAGGAAGAAAUACCAAAGACUGAAAAAGAGGUUUAUGAAAAAGUUGAAAUGCCCGAAAAGUCGAAAGACAAAUCCCCUAGAGAAAUCUCUUCAGAAGAGAUUAAGUUUAGCGAGCCUGAAACACCAUUAGCAGUUGUUGAUUCAACCAAACCUAAAAAGACCAAGACAACCAAACCAAAAUUAGUUGAUGUAGUCGAACAGAGACAAGACGAACCAACAGAAGAGACAAUUCCUGAGACAUUACAAAUUACUGAAGACACAACUACUCAAAUCGCACACCCCGAGGACACAGCCACUGCACAAAUUACACCAAGCGCACAAGAUGAAAUACCUACUCAAGAUGACACUAAAGAUACAGUUCAAAAAACAGUUAAGCAUAAGAAAGCUAAGCCAGACACAGUAAAAAGCGUUGAAACAAGUGAAGCACCCGAGGCUUAUAAGGAUUAUCACAUAAGCAUAAUUGAUGAAGAGCCUGAAGAAAAAGAAGAGCAACCCGAGAAAAUUUUGGAAGUUAGAGUGAUCGAUGAAGUUGCCGAAAUUGAAGAGUCUCAACCAAUCGUCGAAGAAGAAGAGGAGGAUGAGAAGCCGACUACGGAAAGCAAUGUGGAGGAUGUCACAAAGCCAAAGACAAAGAAAAAGAAGGUGGUGAAAAAGAAGACUAAUGAGCACGAUGAAUUAAUACAAAAACUGCUCGAGCAAGAAAUCGAGAAAACAGAGUUGGAGAAAUAUGAGAAGAUCGAUUUCGAUGUUCCCAAGAAACUGAAGCCAGAGUUUGCUAGUCUCGAGCCAAUGAAAAUUGAAAGAAAGGAGCAGAAGCCAACAAAGGUCACAAUUGUUGAGGCCACUGAUGUACCCAAGACGGUGAAGCUAAAGCCUGGAAAACGCAAGGAAAAACCAGCAGAAGAACAAACUGUGCAGCUUCCCAAAUUCAGACUUAAAACUCGCAUGGUUUUGGUUGAGUAUCCGCCAGCACCACUCAUACCUAAGCUUAGCCAUAUUGGCGCAGUUAAGCAGAAUGGUGAUCUUUCACGCAAUAUUGAAGAAGCAGAGGAACUACUUAAGUUCAAGCCACACAAGACCAAGAAAAUUAAGAAGAUAAAGGAUGACUUGGAGAAGGUUGAGCUUGAAAAGUAUGAAAAGUAUGUUAGUAGCGAGGAGGAACCUGAAGAAAAGCAGCCCUACCAAAAACCUGAAAAGGUGCCGAAACCAGAAGAAAGUCCCGAAGACGUUAAGCUUAAGAUUGGCAAGGGUAAGAAGAAACCGAAAGAAGAAGAAUCUCCAGAAAAUGUUACACUGAAAAAGAUACCACAAAAGCCAAAGGAAGCUGAAGAAGAAAUUGAAGCGAAGCCUAAAGAAAAGGCUGAGGUUACAGUCGUGGAGCAACCAAAGGCGCCAAGGGAACAGGAUAUUCAGGUUGAACCAUUUGAGCCCGUUGAUUAUGAGCACCCUGAAUACGUUCCUGAAGAACUUGAGCAAGUCGAUCAGCCGGAGAAACCGGAAAAGCAGAAGAAGCCCAGUAAAUCCAAAUAUAAGCCCAAGGAAAAAACAAAGCCUGAGCCGGAAACGAUUAUUACAGAAAUCGUUCCUGGAAAGCCCAAAGAAGAAGAAGAAGUUCCCGAAGCUGAAAUUAAGUUCCGCAAGCCUGAAAGUGAAGCGCCCGAAGAAACUGAUUCUCAAGUGAAGUUGAAACCAUUCAAGAAGACUGUUGAAGAGCCAGUGGUUGAAGAUACUACCUCAGAGGCAACGGUUACGGAACCCACGACAGAAGAACAGGUAGUCAUACCUCAAGAUGAAGUCAAGAAGACGAAGAAAUCAAAGCCGAAGCCCAAACAACAACAUGAGGAGGAAGUCACAGAAGAGCAGCAACCAGAAUUUGAGAUAUCAGUUAAGGAAGAAGAAGCUAUUGCUGAGAAGCCCGAAGAUAUCGAAAAGCCCAAAGAAGUAAAGGUGAAACAAAAGAAACCGAAAGAAGCUCCAAAGGCUGAAGUUGAUAUCAUCGAGGAACUGCCACAGCCAACUGAAGCUCCUGAAGAUAUACCUGUGGAGUACAGAAUUACCACAACUGUUCUAGAACCAGAAGAAGCGCCAAAGGAACAUCAAGUUAAGGUGAUUGAUUUUGAUGAAAAGGAAAUAACCACAGAGGAAAUUGUGGAAGAAAAGGUUGUGACUAGGAAGAAGAAGCCUAAGCCGGAACAGCCAGAAGAGUUCAAAGUCACUCUUCAGGAGCCACAACAAAUACAACCUGAACCCGAAGAAGCAAUUGCCGAGGUUGUGCUCCCCGUUCAAAAGCCUCAGCCAGAAGCUGAAGAAUUCGAAGUCGAAUUAAAGAUAACUGAACCACAACAUGAGGAUCAUGAAGUCGUUGUAAAGAAAAAGUCGAAAAAGAAGCCUAUUGAAAAGUCAGUGGAGGUUGUCGAAGAUGUAGUGAACGUUGUGGAAGCUCAACCGGAGGAGCAAAAAGAAGAAGAUAUCGUGGUUGUGGAAGAAGAAGAAAAAGUUGAAGAAUCACAACCAAAAUCAUUCGAAUUCCAAGUCACUGAAACUGAAGCUCCUCAAAAGAAACCGGCAGAAGUAAUUGAGGAAAAACCAAAAGAAAAGGUUAAAAAACCAGCUCCGAAAGUAGAAGAGAAGUUUGACUCUUAUGAAAUUUCGAUUAAGGAAUCAGAAGCGGAAAAAGUAAUCCAGCAGGAAGAGCAGCCUACCGAGGAUAUUCCUGACGAAGUAACGUUUACUCCACUGCCAAAGCAACCUGAGCAAGUUGAAGCCGAGUUUGUCAUGACAGAACCAAAGCCAACUGAAGAGAGUCAUGUAGAAGCUGAAAUAAAACCAAAGAAAACAAAGAAGCCAAAGAAAACUGAAGAGGCUAUAAGUCAGGAUGUAAAGGUUGUUGAAGAAGUGGCAGCUCCAGAAGAAAUUGUAGUUGAAGAACAGCAAAUUGAAAUUGUUGAAAAAGAAACGGUUCCUGUUGAAGAAACACCAAAGGAAUAUAAAAUUCGAGUAUCUGAUUCACAAAUUGAACAACCUGAAGAGCCAACUGCAGCCGAAUUUACUGUUAAAAAGGCAAAGCCUUCCAUUGCGGCUACCGAAGAACCGGAAGCCGAAUUUGUGCUUAAGGAAAGCAAGCCAGUGGAAGAGGUUACCGAGGUAGCAGAAAUCAAAACAAAGAAGCCUAAAAAGAAGGCCAAGGAGGUUGCAGCAGAGGAAUUAAAGAUCCAAAUCACCGAAGAAACACCACAAGAAGUUCCAGUAGUGGAAGAAAUUGAGGAAGUUGUGGAAGAAAUUAAGGAGACUGUUCCUACUGUUGAAUAUAAGUCGUAUGAAAUCGGUGUGAAGGAAACUGAAGCUGAAAAGCCCGCUGAAGCGAUAGUAGUUGAAGAGCCCUUGGUUGAAGAACCACAAAUCGAAGAAGCUGCACCUACUAUUGAAUACAAGUCAUAUAAAAUAGGUGUGAAAGAAUCAGUUGUUGAAAAGCCCAUAGAGAAAGCACCUUCAGAAGAGCAAUUGGUUGAAGAGCCUAUAGCUGAAGAGCCAGAAACCUUUGAAGAGCUCAAAGUCAGAGUGAUUGAAGAAACACCUCGUGAAAUUGUUGAGGAAGUUCUCGAAGAGAGUGUUAAGGUUCACCGCAAGAAGAAGCCGAAACCAGAAGUAACAGAAGAGCCUGAGGCUCAAGUAAGCAUUCCUGCUCCGACAUCGGCGGAUGAAGUGGAGGCGGUGCAAAGCGUUACUAUUGUACCCGAAGUCCCAACCGAAGAGGAAGCUGCUGAGCUAAAGAUAACUGUUAUUGAUGAGGUUUCUGAGCCACAAGAGCUGGUUCAUGAGAUUGAGGAAAUCGAAACAGUUGAUGAAGUCCCUGAGCCUGUACCUGAAGAAAAGCCGAAAGACUAUCAGUUUAGCAUUAAAGAAUCUGAGGCACCGAAGGAAACAAUCGAGGAAUUGCCAGAAGAACAAAUAACUAUUCCAAAGAAGAAAAAGGUUCAAGAACAAAAAGAAAUUGUCGAAGAAUUACCGGAAGAGCAAUUCACUAUUCAAAAGAAGAAAAAGCCUGUACCUGAGGUUGUAGAAGAGCCUGAAGCCGUCUUUGAAAUCAAGCAAAAACAACCCGUUGAAGAGGUUACAGAAGAGGCGAAAAUUAAGAAGAAGUCGAAGAAACCCGUAAAACAGGAUGAAGCAGCUGCAGAGCUAAGUGUCACUGUAAUUGAGGAAUCUGCACCAGAGCCUGAGGUACUUGAAAUUGUUGAAGAAAUCGAGGAGAAACCAGCAGAAAAGCCUGAGGAAAAACCAGUUGAGCAGCCCAUCGAGUAUCAGUUCACAGUCAAGGAAAGCCAACCUGAAGCUCCAGCAGAAGUAGAGACUGAAGAUAUUCAAGAGGUACAGUUGCCAAAGAAAACGCCAAAGGUUCCUGAAGUGACUGAAGAGCCUGAAGCUGAAGUUACACUCAAACCCAAACCAAAGACAGAAGAAGUACAGGAGGAAGUAAAGGUAUCGAAGAAGAAACCCAAGCCUAAGGCUGUCGAGGAGGCUGCUGAAGAGCUGACAGUGAAGGUAAUAGAAGAAGUUGCUCCCGAACCAGUAGUUGUCGAACAAGAAGUCGUCGAGGAAGUUGAAAUCAAGAAACCAGAAAAGCCAACACCGGAAGAAAUAGUUGAUGAUGCCGUUUUCAAAAUUAAGAAACCCAAAGCUCCUGAAGAAGAUGAGGAGGUGGUUGCUGAAGUUACUUUGAAGCCAAAGGCACCAAAGGAGGUACAGGAAGAAGACUUCUCAGUAGAUGUUAAGUUGCCAACGGAAAAGAAGGUUACAGAGGAAACAUCGGACCAAACUGUGCAACUCAAGAAGAAGAAGAAGCCUCAAAAACCAGCAGAAGAAGCUGCAGAUGAACUGCAACUUACGCAAACUGUUAUUGAGGAGAGACCAGUUGAAAUUGAAGAGGAGGAAGUCGUUGAAGAAGCAGUUGUAAUACGAAGGAAACCAAAGAAGCCAUUCGAACCAACUGUUGAAGACCUCGAAGAAACUGAAUUCAGUCUCUCAUUCAAAAAGCCACAUACUGUUACCGAAGGCGUUGAAGAAGCAGCUACAGUUCUUAAGAAACGACCAGUGAAACCGCAAACCCUCGAUGAAGCUGGAGCGGAACUGUCUAUAAAGCGACUAGAAGAAGAAUACGAAGAGGGCGAUGACGUUGAAGAAUUUGUGGUUAGCCAAAGGCCCAAACCAAAACAAUUGCAAAUCACUGAUGAAGAAGACCAAGAGUACACUAUUAAGAAGCUCAAACGGCGCAAGAAGGUGGAUAUUCCAGAGUUCACUGAUGUUGAGAAUGUUACUUUCCGUGCAAAGUCUACGAAGACUAAAGAGGAUGUGGAUCAAGAGUUUAAUAUUGCUCUUGACUCUUAUGCCGAAGAAGAAGUGUCAAUGUCUGGUAAAGUGAAACUCAAGAAACCAAUUAAGAAGACCUACUCUGAAGCCACUGAUGAGGCCAGAAUCAAAAUUUUGCAAGACUAUGAUGAUGGUGAAGGUCCAAUAAUUGAAGAAAUCCACGACGACGAGGAUACCAUCGACGAGGUCGAGGAGCCUGAAGAGUACAUGGUUGAAGAGCUGCCUCCAGAUGAGGUUGACUUCAAGCUGAAACCUAAGAAGCAGCCCAAGCCACAUUAUUCAGUCCAAGACGAAGAAGAAGAGCAAUUCCUUAUUGGCCUUCGGCAUGCCAAACGUGAUUCAAUUACGUAUGAUGAAGAUUCUCUCACAUUCAAAAAGAAGCGUAAAGUUGUGCAACAACUUUUCAAUGAAGAUGGUGCUUCUCUUAACAUUACCAGAGAAAUGGAUGUGGAUGAAUCUCAAGUGGAGAACAUCAUGUACUCUAUCUGCAAUUACAUUGCCGAUAACGACGAAGCCAUUAAUUUGGUAGAAGGUGAAAAGGUACAGGUCAUUGGACGUCAUAGCUCCGAGUGGUGGUAUGUCAAGAAGAGCAUUACCGAAGAAGAAGGUUGGGUGCCGGCCCAAUAUCUUAUGGAGCCCGCGGAGUAUGCCCAAUAUGUACAGAAUAAGCUGCACGAGAAGAUCGAUAAGCUACCUGUAUUUGAAAGACCAGGACCGCAAGACAAGCCAAUUGCGCCGCGUUUCAUUGAAAAGCUGCAACCAAUUCAUACGCCUGACGGUUAUACAGUGCAAUUCGAAUGCAAGGUCGAAGGUAAUCCACGACCGCAAAUCGCUUGGUUCCGCGAAACAGCCAUUAUAAAGCCCUCACAAGACUUCCAAAUGUUCUACGAUGAGGACAAUGUGGCCACACUCAUCAUUCGUGAAGUCUUCCCCGAAGACGCUGGCAAGUUCACUUGCGUGGCCAAGAAUGCCGCUGGCUUCACUUCGAGUACCACAGAAUUAAUUGUCGAGAGCCCGUUGUCGGAUCACGGCUCAGAUGCCACGGCACUGUCGCGCAGAAGCAUGUCACGUGAGUCUUCCAUGGCCGAUAUUCUAGAGGGCAUACCGCCGACAUUCUCGCGCAAGCCCAAGGCCCAAUAUGUCGAUGAAGGUACCAAUGUAAUCUUGGAGUGCCGUCUUGUUGCGGUGCCCGAGCCUGACAUCGUUUGGACCUUCAAUGGGGAAGACAUUGACGAGGAAGAGACUAAGAAUGUUCGAAUUGUAACCGAAUCGGAUAUGCAUAUGUAUUGCAGUGUGGUGCACAUUACAAAGGUUAAGAAAUCACAGGAGGGCGUAUACGAAGUGAUUGCCACAAAUCGUGAAGGCGAAGCUCGUUUGCCUAUCACACUGAAGGUACGAACAUCGGACAAGGAGGCUCCACAAAUUCUGGAGCCCCUGCGCAAUAUGGUUAUACGCGAGGGCGAAAGUGUGGUGCUGUCGACACAAAUUGUAGGCAAUCCAGCGCCAAAGGUAACGUGGUACAAGGAUGGCAAGCCCAUCAAGAAUGCCAAAUCAGACAAAGACCUCCACACCCUAACACUGAUAACGCCCAAAAAGUCGGAGAAGGGCGAGUACACAGUCAAGGCUGUCAAUCCAUUGGGCAGUGUAGAAACCACUGCUUAUCUUACAAUUGAAGAACCGACGAGUGGCAAUGCAGAGCCUCCAUUAUUUGUGGAGCGCUUUGAGGAGCAAUCGGUGCCACAAAAGGGCGAGAUUCACUUGCCUGCUAAGGUCUCGGGCAAUCCUGUGCCCGAGGUACAAUGGCUUUUCAACAACAAUCCCCUGUUUACCAGUGAGCGAAUUCAACAGAUCUACGAUGGUGAAAAUAUUGAGCUCAUUAUCAAGGAUGCCAAUCCGGAAACUGAUUCGGGCGACUACAAGUGCAUCGCCAGCAAUCCCAUUGGCAAAACAUCGCACGGUGCGCGUGUGAUUGUUGAGGUCGAUGAGGUGACCUUUACCAAGAAAUUAAAGAAGACCAUUACCAUUGAGGAGGUGCAGUCUCUGACACUUGAGUGCGAAACCUCGCAUGUGGUGUCUACCAAAUGGUUCUUCAAUGGCAAAGAGCUGAGCGGCAUGGAUCAUCGUGUUGUCGUCGAGGAUGGCAAGACGCACAAAUUGGUCAUCCGGAAUACAAACUUACGCGAUUCCGGUACUUAUGUGUGCAAGGUCAAGAAGCAAGAGACACAAUCAACUGUGGAAGUGCUGCAGCGUAAGCCGGACUUCCUUAAGGUGCUAGAGGACUAUGAGGUCACCGAAAAGGACACGGCCAUUCUGGAUGUGGAGCUGACAACCGAAGCCGUGGAGGUCACCUGGUACAAGGAUGGCGAGAAAAUUACGCCAGAAAACAAAAACUGCGAAUUCAUCAAGGAUGGCAAAUCAAGACGCUUGGUAAUACGCGAUUCCACAAUUCACGAUGAGGGCGAGUACACGUGCAAGCUGGAGGGCCAGGAGUGCAGCGCAGAGCUGACUGUCAUUGAACUGCCACCAGAGAUUGUGAAGCACUUGGAGGACGUGAACGUCACCAAGGGCGAGAAUGCCGUGUUCGAUAUUGAGUUGAGCAAGGGCGACGCUCUGGUAAAAUGGUUCAAGAACGGCAAGGAAAUCAAGUUCAAUGAACGCAUUCAACUGGCGAUUGAUGGUAAAAAGCAGUCGUUACGCAUUCUUAAGGCUAAGCCUGAAGAUGCGGGCGAAUAUACCAUUCAAGUUGGCGACCAGGUCUCCAAGGCAAAACUGACAGUUGAGGAGCCGUUGGUAGACUUUGUACUGCGUUUGCCCGACGUCACGCUGGCCACCAAGACCACAGAUGCUGAAUUCACUGUUGAGCUCUCCCAGCCCGAUGUCGAAGUUACCUGGCAUAAGAAGGGAAAACCCAUCAAGCCCAACAAGAAGCAUGAAGUGUUCGUUGAGGGCACCGUCAGACGCCUGGUCAUCCAUGAUGCCGACGAUGAUGAUGCGGGCGAGAUCAGCUGUGUUGCCGAAAACGUCACAAGCAGCAGCAAGCUAUGCGUUGAGGAGCUUAAACUGCCGCCCGUGAUUACCUCUGACAAGGAUCAAACCAUCAAAGUGAAGGAGAACGAAGAUGCUACAUUCACUGUCAAGUACACCGGAGCGCCCACACCCGAGGCCGAGUGGACCUCGCGCAAGGUUGUCAUUCCCAAGUCAAAGCGUACCAUACCCACAAUUGAUGAGCAAUCCGCAACGCUGACCAUCAAGAAGGUUGUCGACGAUGACGAGGGCGAGUACACUGUUAAACUUGUGAACCCUGUGGGCGAGGCGGAAGCCAGCCUGCACUUGCUCAUUAUGCGUAAACCCACGGCGCCAGGCACGCCACAGCCUCUGGAGGUGAUGCACGAUUCAAUAACGCUUUAUUGGAAGGCGCCGGAAGAUGAUGGCAAAUCUGAAAUCAUAGAAUACAUUCUGGAGUAUCAUGAUGUGAAAGAAGAAAAAUGGACUGAGAUACGCAAGAUUAAGGACACAACUUAUACCAUCAGCAAGCUGAAAAUCGAUACGGAAUACGUGUUCCGCUCGAUUGCCGUCAACGAAGUUGGUCCAUCCCCGCCCUCUCCCAUCUCGUCGCCCAUACGCCUGGUGCCCAAGAUUGAGACCGAAGCACCCAGCGUACGGGAGCCUCUGCAGGAUAUUGUCAGCGAUCUGAACAAGGAGGUGACCAUGUCCUGUGUGUUUGGCGGCAUUCCAGAGCCAACUGUCACAUGGAAGAAGAAUGGUCAAGUGUUCGAGUCAAGUAGCUUGCGCUACGAGAAUCGCGUUGCCAAAUACACCAUUGAAAAGACAACUAUUGAGACUGAGGCCACCUACACGUGCGUGGCCACGAACGAGAAGGGCUCCGUGGAGACGUCGUGCAGACUGAAGCUGCAGCAGAAGCCAACCGUUGAAAUCGAGGACAAAUACUUGUCCCAGAAACUGCGCACUGGCAGCACUCUCACCAUUCCGGCAACAGUUCGCGGCUAUCCACAGCCGACUGUGACCUGGCACAAGGAGACGGUCGAACAGAAGUCAACCAAGGAAGUCACGAUCGAAACCACAGAGACCAGCUCCACGUAUACCAUUAAGAAGGUGACUCGCGAGCACUCUGGCCGCUACAAGGUGACGGCCAGCAAUGAAUCGGGCUCCAGCUAUGCGGAAUGCACGGUUCAAGUGAUCGACAAGCCAAGCAGGCCACAGUCGCUGGAGGUUAAGGACGUCAAAAAGGACUCGAUCAUCCUGGAAUGGACGCCACCAGUCGACGACGGCGGCAUGGAGAUUAAGCAGUAUACGCUGGAGAAAUGCGACCUACAGAACAAAGUUUGGAUGAAGGUUUCUGACUUCGACAAGGACAUCAACUCGUAUGCCAUUCAAAAACUUUCCAUGAAUGCACAGUACAUGUUCCGAGUGGUGGCUGUUAAUCCCAUUGGCGAAUCUGAGCCAACUGAGAGUGAGCCUGUGACCAUAACCAAGAAGUUUGAGAAACCAACUCCACCACGUGAUCCCACGUCGGUGUCUGGCAUGAACGAUACUUCGUUCACAUUGUCCUGGGAGCCGUCGGAGAGCGACGGUGGCUCCAAGAUAAUUGAGUACAUUGUGGAAAUAAGGGAAGAGACUGAAACCGUUUAUCGCUCCUUGGGCACUACGACGGGCACUGUAACAAACAUUCACGUCGAAAACGUCGUGAGAAACAAGGGCUAUCUGUUCCGAAUCUACGCCCGGAACGAGGUUGGCACCAGCGACGCGUUCGAGACAACUGAGAAGAUUGUCGUUGGACGCAAGAUAACGCCGCCUUCGCCUCCGCAAAAUCUGAGAGCGCCGGAUGUGACAAGCCGCAGCGUGACUCUCGAUUGGGAGGUGCCAGCCCGCAAUGGAGGUUCCGAAAUCACAGGCUAUUGCGUGGAGAAGCGCUCUUCAACAUCGACCAGCUGGACAAAGGUCAUCACCCUGGAUGCCCAUCAGCUGCAUUACACCAUAGACAAUCUGAAGGACAAGUGCGAGUAUUGGUUCCGUGUGUCAGCGGAGAACGAGGUUGGAUUAGGUGCGCCAGCCGUCACGGAGAGCAUAUCGCUGAAGACACACGCAACUGUACCAUCGCCACCGACGGCGCCACUGGAGGCCCGAGUGCUAGCGGCCAAUGCACACGUAUUCGAAUGGGGUAUACCCGAGUCAGAUGGUGGUGCGCCACUGCUCGGCUACCACAUCGCCAUACGUGACAUGAAGAAGUCCAUGUGGAUUGAGGUCGGUCGGGUGCCAGCCGGGGUGCAGAAAUUCCAGAUAAGAGACCUGCAGGAGAAUCACGAGUACAUGAUACGCAUUCUCGCCAAGAACGAGAUUGGCCUGAGUGAGCCGCUCGAAUCGGAGGAGCCGUACAAAGUGAUGACAGCCGGUCAUGCCAGCCUGCCCGACGAGCCGCGCACAGAGAUGAGCACAUGCAACACAUCCUCCUGGCUGCGGGACCACAACAUGGAUGCGGACAUACACUCGUAUGCCCGGGGCAGGCUGCUUCAGCGCGACGAGUACUUCUUCCGGCUCUGGGCGCAAAUGCCCAAGAAGAAGAAGGGCUCCAAAUAGACAGAGACAUGAACGUAAACCAACAGAAAUAGCCAUGACAAAACGAAUGAAACUUUAGGUUAGGUUAAGCUUAUUUCAAUUGUACUUUAAUGAAUUCUUGACUUUUUAUUUAGCUUUUUUUUGUACUUGUAAUACACCCAUUGUAAAGGGCAUGUAAUGUUCGGCAUAUGCGUCCGGCAACAGCGAUGUUCACGAAACUGAGACAGACUGGGGCGAGCGAAGACAAACUUGAUGUUUGAGUGCGUGAACGUGGCUGUUGGCCUGUGAGCUCAUUGGCCCAUUACAUAAACUAUGAAAGGAAUUUGUUUAUAAUUUGCAUAAAUUCGUAUGACUUCCUGCGCUUUAUUUUUGUAAGCUGUGAUAAAUUUAUCAAAUUCGAAAGCGUCAAACGAUAAAAUGCCAUGACAUUUGCGCCAGGACACGACGCGCAUCGGGCACGGGACAGCCAACGGACAGCAACCAACAACCGACAUCCAAUAGCAACAACAACACUAACACCAACAACAGGAACAGCCACAAGAACACAACGCAAGUGAUUCAAUAUCCUCUAGGGAGACAAACAACAAAUGGUGCAAUUCGAUAUGAGUUACGAGUACGCUGUGUCCGUGUGUGUGUGUGUAACUGUCUGUCUGUGUGUGUUUGUGUGUGUUUGCUGUGUUGUGUUGUGCGUCGCGCUGACUGUCCCUUGCCCUUGCCGUGUGCUUGCUGUGUGAGCAAAUUUAUGACAUCCAGAGGGUUACAUAACUAUACUUCUAUACAUAUAUUUUGUGGAAGAGCCCAACAUGACUUUAAACUGAGAAAAAAAAGAAAACAAAUGAAAAAUAAAAUGAAUAUGAAU